GAUGUAAACCGGAAGUUUUAGCAGACGAUUUUUACUGAGAUGGCAGCAUGUUCUCAAUGACAGGUGCUCCCUUAGCUGCGAAGAAACUUUUGCUAGCCAAAUGCAGUAGAAGUAUCGGCGCCUCGUAUUUCACUUCUAAAAGCCUGCAUACAAAUUCGGAAAAUGUCGUUGACUUCGUCAUCUCAGGCGGAGGAAUGGUGGGGGCAGCUAUGGCCUGCUCACUGGGUAAUGCACCUGCUCUGAAAGGAAAAAAGAUUGUUCUUCUUGAAGGAGCUGCAGAAAAGGAAAGUUUUACCCUCACAGAAAAAUACAGUAACCGAGUAUGUGCUCUGAGCCCAGCAACAGUAGACCUGUUGACUGAUCUUGGUUCUUGGCAGGAGAUAUGUAAUAUGCGGUACCAACCAGUGAAACGCAUGCAGGUAUGGGACUCGUGUUCAGACUCGCUGAUCACCUUCAGCCAGGCAGACAUGACUGAGGAUUUGGCGUACAUCGUGGAGAAUGAUGUUAUAUUAGCCAGCAUCACUGCCAGACUGAAUGCUUUGGGUGACAGAGUGGACGUGAGGUAUAGGACACAGGCCAAAGCAGUCAGCCUGCCCACACCAGUUGAGGAUGUGGCCUCAACUGAAAGCCCCUUUGUCAGAGUUCAUCUGGAGAAUGGAGAGACACUGCAGACAAGAUUACUGAUUGGGGCGGAUGGCUCAAACUCAUUAGUGCGACGCAGUGCAGAUUGUCACACCAUAUCCUGGGAUUAUUACCAGUCUGCUGUUGUGGCUACACUGGGCAUUUCUCAGAUGGAGAACAAUGUUGCCUGGCAGAGGUUUUUGCCCACUGGUCCUAUAGCACUGCUGCCUUUAUCCAAUGAAUUCAGUUCCCUUGUGUGGUCCACAACAACUGAAGAUGCAAAGAACUUGCUGCAGCUUCCAGAUGAGAGUUUUGUGGAUGCUGUCAAUGAUGCCUAUUGGCAUGAUAGAGAUAAGGACUCUAUCGCUAUCAGCCUAGGUCAGACAUUUCAGGGAAUUCUUAAUGCUGCCAUUCCUGGGGGCACAUCAAACAGGCAGCUUCCCCCGACGGUGACGGAUGUGGUUGAGGGGAGUCGUGCCAUGUUCCCACUCAGCAUGGUUCAUUCCUCGGAGUAUGUCAAACCAAGGAUAGCUCUGAUCGGAGAUGCUGCGCAUCGGCUUCAUCCACUGGCUGGCCAGGGUGUAAACCUGGGCUUUGGAGAUGUGGUGUGCUUGACACAGGUUCUGGUAGAUGCAGUUCAACGGGGCAGUGAUGUGGGUGGCUUAAGUCACUUGCUGCAGUACGAGACACAGCGACAGCGGCACAACUUGCCAGUCCUUCUUACGAUUGAUGGCCUGCAGAGGUUGUACGGUACUAAGUUCUCUCCAUUUGUGAUAGCACGUAGUCUAGGAUUACAAGCAACCAAUGCCUUGGAUUUUGUAAAGAACAAAAUCAUCCAGCAGGCUGCUGUAUGACCAUCUUGCAGUGGUCAGAGGACUUCAGUGCUCUGGCUGACCCUGAAAGAGCUGGUACAUCAUGCCCUUCCUGUAAAUUGUGCUGAUGUUUCUGGUGAAGUAUUCACUGAGGACGACAGCCCUGAAACGACAUUGCAUCAUAUCCACUCUUCCAGUUGCAGGAUAUAUGGGAUGAUGUACCCAUUCCUUGUUUGAUGAAGUCCCAGCAGAUUUUCCUGGCCGUGUGUGCUUUAUGUGCGUAACUUAGUCCUCUGGGGUGCUCACCACAGUCUGGAUAAAUCUGGACUUGUAAUGAACUUCAGUUCAGUUGCAAUCAGUUCACGCUGUAGCUGGGCAUUAGAUCCAAGACAAUGUCAGAUUUUGAAUGUGUGGAAACAUUUGCAUUUAGCUGAAGAUUUGGACGAUCAUGCGUAUAUUAAAAGUGCUACUAUGUAUAAAUGUUGGAGUUCCGUAUUCGACUGUUACUUAAUGCCAUGCUCCAGUUCACCUGUAAUGUCCCAAAUAUCCGUGGUUUACUCCGGGCACUCAUGUUUCAUGUAAAAGUGAAUUUGGUUGCAAUUGUGAAAGCAAAAAAUUCUUCAGUAAGGAGUUCAACAGCAAUCAUGCAAGCCCAAGGGAAUAGUGAAUCGUUUUUAGUCGUUACGUUUUUUUUUUUUUGAUUGGUGUUUUACGCCGUACUCAAUAUUCCACUUAUACGACGGCAGCCAGCAUUAUGGUGGGUGGAAACCCACGACCAUCCGCAGGUUGCUGCAGACCUUCUCACAUACGGCCGGAGAGGAAGCCAGCAUGAGCUGGACUUGAACUUACAGCGACCGCAUUGGUGAGAGACUAUUGGGUCAUUACCCUGCGCUAGCGCUUUAACCGACUGAUCCACGGAGGCCCCUUUUAGCCAUUAUGGAUGCCAAUAUUGAUAGCUUGCUGGCUUUCGGCUACAAUAGGCUUCUGAAAGAACAUUUUACGCCCUACGGAUUUGAUGCAAGAGUGCACCUUGCAUCAGAGGCAUUCAUCAAUUCACGUGGUUGCUAGGAAGGAAAAAAGGCUGGAACAGAGUUAUGCUAAAGCCUAAGAGUAUAGAUCUGGUAUGCUCCGACAGCUUGUGUACACUGCAUACAGCGAAAAGCUCGUUGCACUGCCAGAUGGAUUGUGUGAGCCUUUUACCAGCUUUAGUUAGCUACACAUAAUACACCGACACAUCGCUAGAUCACUGCAUUCUUCAUGGUUUCGUUUCCAUACUUGGUACUUAACUAUAUAUAUAUGGUUUAGGGAGUUGGUUGUGUAUGGUCUAACAAUGUAGGCUUUGCCAUCCCAAUCAUUAACGACAUAAUCGUGGUUUCAUCACGACGUUUAAUGACCAGUAAAACAAGCCCGACCAAUCUGCUUUAAAAACAGAACUUCAGGAUGAAAAGCUCAAGUUGAAACCACAGCCAACCAGACUUCGAACACUACUCAGCUUGUUUUAGACCUUGGGAAGGGUCAAGCUAAAAUUCAUUUUCUUUCUGAUAAAAAUCGCGGGCGGCAAUUUGCAGAUGUAUUCAUGGUCAAGUUCAGGUGCUAUUUUGAUCAAAAAUUUCACAUUAUUCUUGGAAAAAUACUUCUUUUCCAUCGUCAGCUGUUUAGUGAUACCCCACGUCCAUGUACAGUAUCGGGUAAACUGUACGCCUAUGCACAGUACCAAUGUCCGAUUUUGACGUUCUCCCUAGAUACACGUACAGGCAAAAAAAGGUACAUAUGUUUAGUGACUGCAUUGUUCUGAACUGUAGCUGCUGAGAAACCUACCUUGAUAAUCCAUCAGAGAUGGUCACGUUAGGAGAGCUUCUAGACUUAAUCAUGCUACACCGGAGGAAACUCAGUAACCACCAAAAUCUGAACAGUAGAAUCAGUGCAUCAGGCAACACCAGGAAGAAAAAGAAAAAAAAAAAAAAAAAAAUAAGGACCAUUGCACAAGGUUUAACACCUUGGUCGACUAGAUCUAUUUAAACAAUACCAUUAUUUUAUUUGCAAAAGAUGAAGUGGGUGAGAAAGUAACUGCUUUAUGCUGUAUAUUCCAAUGCACACCAAGCCUGCAGGUGUAUUCGAUUUCUGGAUUACUUUGUAAUCUCAACGCAAGACACCAAGCGUAAAAACGUAUCGAAUUUGUUUCACAUACCCACACAACAAUCCAGAAAACAGUGACAACAGCAAAUAAGACCAAGACAGAUGAGUAAGUUUAAGAAUUUUAUUUCAGAAUUUUAAGCCGGUUUUAGCUUAGGCCAAAUGCUGCGAGCCGGCUACCCAACCCCACUCCAACUGUCCUAAACUGAAGGGGGAGGUAGGAUUUCCCAGUGCUCUGACCAGCGAAGAGUGUUUACUCACUCAUAAUUUUGAGUUUUACUUCUACACAGGGCUUUUUUUUUUGCACAAAAUACGAUUGUAAACAGGGUACUUUUGUAAAGAGAAGUUACCUAAAAUGUGCUUCAUGCACAUAAAAUACAUAUUCUUACUUUAUCUACAAAAACUUAUUUGAUGUGUACAGGUUAUUAAACGAUAAUUGUGUGGAAAGAGUCCGAUCAGGUGACACUUGUCUGUACUGGUACGGGACGGGUAUGAGCAUCAGACACUCCUUAACACCAGCCAUGGUCCAACCUAAUGAUCUGCUUAUUGCCAACAUUUGUCACAAACCUGUAGAAACUUAAGUGGUUAUGCAUGUGCAAAGCAUGGAAUGGUCACAAUUACCCAAGGCCAACUUUAAUUUAAUAAAAUCUGAGCAUUAUAAUAUGCAAAGAGAAAUUUCAGAAUUCCUACACGCAAUAUAGAAAGUUCACACUUUACAAACUUUGUUCAAUUUACUGCAAGUAGCAGUCUACUACACAAAAGCUGUUAACUCUUUAGCUAUGGUAAAAAGACAAACCAGUCCAAUAUAAUUUAACUAAUUGGUCUUUACUAUGAGGGCCGCCUCGCGAGGAAAUGACCACAACCAAUUGGAUAUCUGUUGAUACGGUUCUGUACAAGCCACAGGUACGGACUCUGCAGGAAUGUAGGUUAGUUGAGCAUUUCAUGGCAGUAACUUAAUAGAUUACUUCUAGUACACACAAGACUUUUAUUAGUUUAAAUAUCUAUACACGUACAACACAUGGACAUGAAGACUGGUUACCUGUUUCAAUAAGUAAUUUAAAUGUUCUUUUUAAAUAUUUUUAGUUUUGAAUACAGAUAAACUUACAUGUGUGGUUACAUGAAAGAUCAUGCUCUCUACAGCACAAUUACAGGACCGUUACGGCACUCCAACAUCACUAGACAACCAGUAGCAUUCUAGGAAAAGGUGGCGCUAUAUCCUUCACAUUGGAUUUGUCAAGUGUAGAACGCAUGGAAAGGGAAGAGCCAUCUACCACACCCAGGAUUAGGCUCACGGCUGCAACUGAUGGCCAAGUAUCCAGAGAUCUCCAAGGCAUCCACAGGAACUGUUCUAAUUAAUGGCAUUUCAAAACAUCGCUGUGGAAAUCUAGUGUAUUAGGCAUUUUGUAAAGCUCACAGAAUGCUGGUCAAAUUCCAUAUUGAAUUUAAACAAUCUACAGGACAAAAUACUACUGGAAUACAGGAAUGCACAUUUCCUCUUUGAACUAGAACAGACUUGUAGGGACAGGUUUUCAACAAGCUAACUUAAAAGUUAUUGCUUCACUGUUGAUAAAACUGCAGUAUUGCAUGAAGAGGCCACAUUACCUGGUUCUCCACAAAACGAUAAAAUCAUUCGAACACCCAUGUUGCAGGAUCGCACUGUCCAUACACAGAAUGAACUUAUCUAAGCAGCAAGCUGGCAAGGCAUUGUAUGUCCGAAGCUUUCAAAAUACAUCAUUCAUUGAUAUUGUAUUCAGUUACAAGAAAUGACGGGAUUAAACAUGGAUAUCUACAAGCAAUUUGAGGAUUACCGGUAAGCCACGACCACUAUUUACAUCCAACACUUUAUGGCAAACACCUACAUAUAUCAUUUACAUUAUGCUUGUUGUGCAAAUUGUUUUACAAUUAGUUUUAACCAACAAAGACGAAUGAAAUUGAAGGAAAUACCAAUAGGCCCAGUGGUAGUGAAUUUCCCCCACAUCUGCUGAGGAAUCCACAACUCCAGAAGGUCAUGGAAGAUCCCGACAAGAAAAUGCAGAACAGCAAAACGGUGGUCAGUUGAAAAUAGAACCAAAGGUAACAAGACUACUGCAGAGGGAAGCCACAAUAUCCUUUCUGAAGGCAAGCUGGGCAUAGCAAGUGACCCAACACUCAUGUCUGACGGGUGGAAAACUGACAAAAGCUUAACUUCCACCUCAUUUCAGGAACAGGAAGGCCUGUAAAAGUGUGGGGGGUUACACAUAUGCUAGACAGACAUAGCAGGUUUACAUGCUUAUUAUAGACAUUUGGUACAGAAAUUGCAACACUGAUUCAUAAGCAACUUUUCAACAAUUACACAUGGGAUUUCUUUAUAGAUGUUGGUUCGUGGUUAUUAACUUUGCCGACGGCACAAAAACCCGUUUUAAUUCCAAAAAACGUCUGGUGACCUUGUCAACCGAGGCAGCAACAGAACAUCAGAGUAAGAUCACAUAUCCAUGGCCACUACCGGAAACUGGAUGAUGCUACUGGUCAAGUAGGUAAUGGCACUCGAGCUAGGAGAAAUUCUAGUAGUUAUGCAUAUGAUACAGGAAGGAAAUAAAGCUUUAAGAUUACGUUAGACACAUUUUGUUCAUUUCAAAUGUUCAGACCAUUUAACAAAUUUGAAUAUGAUGUUUUUAACUAUUUAUAUAGCUAGGGUAGGUAGUAGAUUACCAAUAACUUUAAUAUUAAUCAUGACAGCUGACUAAUUGAAUGGUACACAUGUGACAGAAUGGCCAAAUAGUAAUGUUAGGAUACAUAAUACCUGCAAAAUGUGCUUGCAAAUAAAAAUGGCAACCAAUAGGAUGGAUGUAGUGGCUUGUCAACAUCAACUGGAGAGGGAGCAACAUCCAGAAGGGGGACAGGCAAGGCCAUCAACCUGAUGGACAUCUGGGAGAACAAGCUUGACAACUUCAGGGAAAUGGAGUGGCUUGACAGCAACCCUGAGGAGGAAAUCUCCUGAAGUCAGUCGUGGAUUAUCAAGACUGGCAACACAUGGUGGCUGGUGACACUAAGAACAUCUAGGGAAAUGUGGUCGGACAACAGAUGGCAAGCCAAAGAAAGACAUCUUGCAACCAUCAGUCAAGGGAGAGUCAAGACGAUUGACAAUGGGGAAGACAUCAAGCCUGGACCAUCCUUCAGCCCAUCCAAGGCCACCUUUAAGGGCAUCAAAGAGAGGCCUUACAUGUAGCCUGUCAGCUUGGUGGACGUCUAUGAACAUUCAGUAGGCCAUGUAGGAUAUCCCAAUAGAACAUCUAUGAAAACCUGGUAACUGUCAAGAGCAACCCAAAAGGAAUACCAUCCAGGGCGACAUCUGUCAGUUGGUCGGGGUGGUGGGGUAUGUGAACGGCAAGCUUCUUAGAGACUUGAUCAAAACAUAACUGGAAGGGGAGGCAUCUGGUAACCUUCAACCUGUGAGUUGACCCUUGCACAACGGCUUUGGAUAAAUCUUAUGGGUUAAACAUUUGCUAUCUCUAGUACUUAUGAACAAUUUGCAUUUCUGCUAGUUUUUAGACCGCUAUUAUUUAUGGACAUUUCACACCACAAAAACAAGUAUAUUAGGAGAAAUUACCAUGGUUCUCACUAUGGACAGAGCAACAGGAGUUCUGAUGCCAAAGAGUGGGUGUGUCAACACUGAUAAUCACCACAACAGAUAUACCUUAAAACAUGACCAUGAACACAGGAACUUUUCAUCUCUUAAGAGCCAUUUCGCAUCCAGACAAGCUGGAUCACCACCAGGACAUAAGCUGAAGGAUCACUGCAGUUCACAUAUUCAAGGCACAUUACACGGAUGGCAGGCCAUUAAAUAUUUGCAAUCAUAUGCUGACCCCUGUAAGAAGUAUUGGGUUAGGCAUCUGCAAUAGUUUGCUCAAGUACAAUUACACUAUGAGUGAGUGAAUGCUUGGGGUUUAACGUCGUACUCAACAAUUUUUCAGUCAUAUGAAGACGAUUUACACUAUGAACUAUCUUUUCUGGUUCAAUAUCUACAAGAUACUGCUUUAUCUUAGUGCGGCUUAGAUAUAAAUGCUAGAAGUAGGCAAGGAUACCAGAUUUUUAGAUGUCGGUUCCAAGGAGGCCAGAACAGUUGAACCCCAACUUAAAUGUGGCACACAACAUCUUGGGUAUAAAAAUGUUUACUAUACCACUACAAUUCCUCACUGAGCAUCCACAUAAACGAAGGUGCCUGCAGAUCCAAAUGCAUCAAUGACUCCCUACCAGGCCCCGUUGAAGCAGGCGAGAUGGUGAUCAUGUUGUGGACAUGGGAAGAAUGGGCCAAGCUACCAGUGGGAGACUCGUCUGCAGAACACAGCCAGUUGGCCCUCACUCCUUGAUUGGCCAUCACUUGUUAUAACCUCUACUUCCAUGGCUAGAUAAGGAGCUGGCGUCUCAUUGGAUCCUGUAUAAUCUAUGGCCGUUAGGACAUCACAAUACUAUUCUAGUGUUAUUCUUCCACUAUGUUCACAAUUGUCAAGAUAAAGCUAACCAGACAAACUAUAACUAAAUGUGCAUUAAAUUCAUAUUGAAAUUACAUAAAUUUGGUGAAAUAUGGCGAGAAACAAAGAAAUAUUACAACACUGGAUGGUAUUUCAUCAUAUACCUCAUAACCUAAUGAAGGCACAAAAACGGUCCAAGUCCUUCUCAAACUUUUUCGAAGAUCUGCUCAGAGGGACGAGGUCAAUUGCACUUCUAUCCAGAUCAAAACAGUUCAGGUUCUCUUGGUCAAGUCAAAUCCACUUUCAGCAAAUUUCAAAAAGGGCCGUAACAAAGUAAGCCGUGAGCUGUGUGAAAACCCAAAGCUGUGAAAAUGAAAAAAAAAAAAAAAAGUCUGUAUCUUGGCAUCUGGCCACAAGGCACAGUCGGGGAGGAGCAGCAAAAGCAGUCACCACCAGUAUUCACAUUUGCAGAUCAAGAGCUCUGCACGACGAGACUUAUAUCAGGAUUAUCCCCACCCUUUUGACCCUAAAGUAAAAUCAAAUGAAAAUUUUGAAAUGGAUAAACAAUUAGUUACUGAUGACCAACUAAAAAAAAGAAAGCAAGAAGAAAAAAAAAAAAAAAAGAAGUAAUGUAACUGGCCUGUUCCUUGAAGCCAAACCAUGUAGAUCAGAUCUUGGCAUCCA